UUGAUAGUAAACUCCCCGACCCACCUCCGGUCGCACGCGUUGUAAUCAAGAUGGCAUCUACGGAACAAGUUGGACUGAACAAAACAUGGGAAUUAUCACUCUACGAAUUACACCGUACUCCGCAGGAUGCGAUCACCGACAAUACAGAAAUCGCCGUCAGUCCCCGCAGUCUGCAUAGUGAACUUAUGUGCCCUAUUUGUUUAGAUAUGUUAAAAAAGACGAUGACCACCAAGGAGUGUCUCCACCGUUUUUGCUCGGACUGUAUCAUUACAGCUUUACGUAGCGGCAAUAAAGAAUGUCCUACAUGUCGAAAGAAAUUGGUUUCUAAGAGAUCUCUUAGACCAGAUCCAAAUUUUGAUUUGCUAAUCUCAAAAAUUUAUCCGAGCAGAGAUGAGUAUGAGGCUCAUCAAGAACGAGUUUUGGCUAAGCUGAAUAAAUCACAUUCACAAGCUGCACUCGUUAAUUCUAUUACAGAGGGCAUUAAAUUGCAAAGUCAAAAUCGUCCACAGCGUUCAAGAAAGAAUGCCAAUGAAUCUGAUAAUGCAAAUAAUGCAACAUCUUAUAGCAAUACGCCAAAUAUUAGCACACCUACAACACCAAAUCCAUCUACAAAUGUAGCAAAUCAAAGUGAUUCGUCUCAAAGUACAACAGGACUUAUGAACAGUGGAGGAACAACAUCUAGAAAUUCUACUACACCAUCACCAAACCCUGCAAAUCAAAUUCCAAAACCAUCAAAACGACAGAAAAGCCUUCAAAAUUCAGAAAAUGAUUCCUCUAGUGCAGAAGCUGAGACAGGUGGUGGGGAUUCUAUGGUUGAUACAGAAGGUGAAGGUCCUAGCGAGCCUUUAAUGCUCAAUGAAAUUGAACUUGUCUUUAAACCACAUCCUACAGAAAUGGCUGGUGACAAUUCUCUAAUAAAAGCAUUGAAAGAAAACAGCAUUCGUUAUAUAAAAACAACAGCAAAUGCUACAGUGGAUCACUUAAGUAAAUAUUUGGCAAUGCGUUUAACGUUAGAUUUGGAUACAGAACUGUCGGAAUCAGAUAGACUAUUAAAUUUCUGUAUCUAUAUCGCACCUUCACCUGGACAACUUGUAGUAUUAAGUGGUUCGCAAACAUUACGACAAGUGAACGAUAAAUUUUGGCGUGUCAAUCGACCUUUGGAAAUGUAUUACUCAUGGAAAAAGACCUAGGGAAGACUUCGGAAGUAUCAGUCGGACGGGAGCUAAUUGCUCCGAAAAAAAGGAUAAAUAGUUAUUUAUAUUAUAUGUAAGAAAAUACAAUAAAAUAUAUAUCAAAUAUGGAAAAUAUGGAAAAUACACACACACAUAUACAUAUAUAUAUAUAUAUAUAUAUAUAUAUAUAUAUAUA